GGCGCGUGCGCAGCGCUGGCUUUUUCCCGGCUGGGUCUUCUGCGGCUCGCGCUCCUCCUCCCGCUCACCACCGUCCCCCUUAAGCCCGCCGCGGCCGGGUACCAGCGUGUGGUCCCGCCAACGGAGCGAUCCGUGCCUCGUGCUUCCGGGACGUCCGUUGUGCGCGCUUGCGGCGCGUGGCACUAGUCAUGUCGAUGGAUCAAGUGAACGCGCUGUGCGAGCAGCUGGUGAAAGCGGUGACGAUCAUGAUGGACCCCAGCUCCACCCAGCGCUACCGGCUAGAAGCCCUCAAGGUAGCUGGAGUCUGUCGCCCCGGGCCUGCUCCGAGACCCUCCCCCAGCCCCAGCAGUACCGGCGCAGCCCAAGACCCUGGCCGUCUCCCGCCCACGCGGCCCCUGGACCUCGGUCCCCAACCCCCGGGGGCCCUCCCCUCGCCGCUUUCCGCGCCUCUUCCCACUCCCCGCCUUCUGUGCUCGCCGCUCCUGCCCUUCUCCCGGGACGCUGUCGUCCCUAGCUCUCUGUGGCCGUCUCAUCUCACCACCACUUCCCACUGCCCUCUCCUCCCCCCUCGCCACUUCUGUUUGCUGUUCUCCGUACCACGACUCCCUCCACAGCCUGCUGCACCCACUUUAUUCCCUCAAACCCCACAUCCCUGCAUCCCCUUGCUUUCCCGUGGCGCACGUGUCCAGCCCAUGUCCAACCCGUCCCCAACACCGGCCACAUUCUUUAUAGUCUCCGCUGCACUAAACGUUUCCUUCUACAUUGUUGCAGUUGUCCCAGUUCUGUUGACUUUAUGCAUUUUGGUGGCCAGGUUUCGGUGGAACAGCAUGUCUCGAUUGGAGAAGGUCUAUCUGAAGAACAGUGUCAUGGAGCUGAUUGCAAAUGGAACACUGAACAUUUUGGAAGAGGAGAACCAUAUUAAAGAUGUUCUGUCUCGAAUUGUAGUAGAAAUGAUCAAGCGGGAGUGGCCACAGCACUGGCCUGACAUGCUAAUAGAAUUGGACAUUCUUUCCAAACAAGGGGAAACACAGACAGAAUUAGUGAUGUUCAUCCUUUUGCGACUGGCAGAGGACGUAGUGACCUUUCAGACGUUACCCCCUCAAAGACGAAGGGAUAUCCAGCAAACGUUAACCCAGAACAUGGAAAGAAUCUUCACUUUUCUACUUAACACACUUCAAGAAAAUGUAAACAAGUACCAACAAGUGAAGACAGAUAAUUCUCAGGAGUCAAAGGCCCAAGCAAACUGUCGAGUAGGAAUUGCAGCACUGAAUACUCUAGCGGGCUACAUUGACUGGGUGUCCAUGAGUCACAUUACUGCUGAAAACUGUAAACUCCUGGAGAUGCUGUGCCUGCUUCUGAACGAACAGGAACUUCAGCUGGGAGCAGCUGAGUGUCUUCUCAUUGCAGUCAGCAGGAAAGGCAAGUUGGAAGACCGGAAGCCCUUGAUGGUCUUAUUUGGAGAUGUUGCCAUGCAUUAUAUACUCUCCGCUGCGCAGACUGCUGACGGAGGAGGCUUGGUAGAAAAACACUAUGUCUUCCUGAAAAGACUCUGUCAGGUGUUGUGUGCGCUGGGCAAUCAGCUGUGUGCAUUGCUGGGUGUGGAUUCUGAUGUAGAAACACCAGCAAACUUUGGAAAAUACCUGGAAUCUUUUCUGGCUUUCACAACUCAUCCAAGUCAGUUUUUGCGCUCUUCAACUCAGAUGACUUGGGGAGCCCUCUUCCGGCAUGAGAUCCUAUCCCGUGACCCUUUGCUAUUAGCAAUAAUACCAAAAUAUCUUCGUGCUUCUAUGACUAACUUGGUCAAGAUGGGCUUUCCUUCUAAAACAGACAGCCCUAGCUGUGAAUACUCUCGAUUUGAUUUUGAUAGCGACGAGGACUUCAAUGCUUUCUUCAACUCCUCUCGGGCUCAACAAGGAGAAGUAAUGAGGUUAGCAUGUCGCUUGGAUCCCAAGACUAGCUUCCAGAUGGCUGGGGAGUGGCUAAAGUAUCAACUCUCAACUUCUGUUGAUACUGGAUCCAUGAACUCUGGAACUGGAGAAGGCAGCCUCUGCUCCAUCUUCUCACCUUCAUUUGUGCAGUGGGAAGCCAUGACCUUUUUUUUGGAAAGUGUGAUCAACCAGAUGUUUCGAACAUUAGAUAAAGAAGAAAUUCCUAUUAAUGAUGGAGUAGAGCUAUUGCAGAUGGUCCUGAACUUUGACACCAAGGAUCCCCUCAUCCUGUCCUGUGUCCUCACUAAUGUCUCAGCACUCUUUCCAUUUGUCACCUACAGACCAGAGUUCCUGCCCCAGGUCUUCUCUAAGCUAUUUUCAUCUGUCACUUUUGAAACUGUUGAGGAAAGUAAGGCACCCAGGACCCGGGCGGUGAGGAAUGUGAGGAGACAUGCUUGUUCCUCCAUCAUCAAGAUGUGUCGUGACUACCCCCAGCUCGUGCUGCCCAAUUUUGACAUGCUGUAUAACCAUGUGAAGCAGCUCCUCUCCAAUGAGCUGCUCCUGACACAGAUGGAGAAGUGUGCCCUCAUGGAAGCCCUGGUUCUCAUUAGUAACCAGUUCAAGAACUACGAGCGUCAGAAGGUGUUUCUGGAGGAGCUGAUGGCACCCGUGGCCAGCAUCUGGCUUUCUGAAGACAUGCACAGAGUGCUGUCAGAUGUUGAUGCUUUUAUUGCCUAUGUGGGUGCAGAUCGGACAAGCUGUGACCCAGGCCUGGAGGAUCCCUGUGGCUUAAACCGUGCACGAAUGAGCUUUUGUGUGUAUAGCAUUCUGGGUGUUGUGAAACGAACUUGCUGGCCCACUGACCUAGAAGAGGCCAAAGCUGGGGGAUUUGUGGUGGGUUAUACACCGCCUGGAAAUCCAAUCUUCCGUAACCCCUGCACAGAACAGAUUCUGAAACUUCUUGACAAUUUGCUUGCCCUUAUAAGAACUCACAAUACUUUAUAUGCACCAGAAAUGCUAGCCAAAAUGGCAGAACCUUUUACGAGGGUUCUAGAUAUGCUUGAAGUGGAAAAAUCUGCUAUUUUAGGAUUACCUCAGCCUCUCUUGGAACUGAAUGACUCUCCUGUCUACAAAACGGUCUUAGAAAGAAUGCAGCGUUUCUUCUGCACCCUCUAUGAAAACUGUUUCCAUAUCCUAGGGAAGGCAGGCCCUUCCAUGCAGCAGGACUUCUACACCGUGGAGCACCUGGCCACCCAGCUCCUCAGCUCUGCCUUCGUCAACUUGAACAAUAUUCCUGACUACCGACUCAGACCCAUGCUUCGGGUCUUUGUGAAGCCUCUGGUGCUCUUCUGUCCCCCGGAGCACUACGAAGCCCUGGUGUCUCCCAUCCUUGGACCUCUUUUCACCUACCUUCACAUGAGGCUUUCCCAAAAAUGGCAAGUCAUCAACCAGAGGAGCCUGCUGUGUGGAGAAGAUGAGACAACAGAUGAAAACCCAGAGUCUCAAGAGAUGCUGGAGGAACAACUGGUGAGGAUGUUAACCCGAGAAGUCAUGGACCUGAUCACUGUGUGCUGUGUUUCGAAGAAAGGUGCUGACCAUGGUACUGCUCCCCCUGCGGAUGGAGACGAUGAAGAGAUGAUGGCCACAGAGGUAACCCCCUCGGCCAUGGCAGAGCUUACAGACCUGGGAAAAUGUCUAAUGAAGCAUGAGGAUGUUUGUACAGCGCUGUUAAUUACAGCCUUCAAUUCCCUGGCCUGGAAGGAUACUCUGUCGUGCCAGAGGACGACCACACAGCUCUGCUGGCCUCUCCUCAAACAAGUGCUGUCAGGGACACUGCUCGCAGACGCUGUUACAUGGCUGUUCACCAGUGUGCUGAAGGGCUUACAGACGCAUGGGCAGCACGAUGGCUGCAUGGCUUCCCUGGUCCACCUGGCCUUCCAGAUAUAUGAGGCGCUGCGUCCCAGGUACCUGGAGAUAAGAGCUGUGAUGGAGCAGAUCCCUGAAAUUCAGAAGGACUCACUGGACCAGUUUGAUUGCAAGCUUUUGAACCCCUCUCUGCAGAAAGUGGCUGACAAGCGCCGGAAGGACCAAUUCAAACGCCUCAUUGCUGGGUGCAUUGGGAAACCCUUGGGCGAGCAGUUCCGAAAAGAAGUUCACAUUAAGAAUCUCCCCUCACUUUUCAAAAAGACAAAGCCAAUGCUGGAAGCGGAGGUGCUGGACAAUGAGGAGGGAAGCCUGGCCGCCAUCUUUGAACCCUGAGUCAAGCUUUUGGGCAUUCUUCCUCGACCUUUAUUGUCAUCUCUUCUUCCCCUUUGUAGCUAUUCUCUAGGCCCCUCUCCACUGCCACCUCACUUUACACCGUCGUCAGCCUGGAGAGAGAUCCAGGUCUGGAGCUGGAGAGAGUGGGCCCUGUACAGGGCCGGAAGCCACGCUAAAGCAUGAAGAAUGGGAGUUAGGGCUUCACCGUUCUGUCUAGGUUACCCAGGCAUCUCCCAUCCUGCUUGGAGCUUUGCCUUUUCCAAGAGAGAAAAGCUAGAGCAGAGCGGCCCUUCUCCCCAGGCCCUCCCGCCCCCAGGCAGCCAUACACCUGUGCAGAGUGGUAACUAGGGGCGCUAUACCCAAUGCUGCCACAAGCCAGGCUUGCGGCGGGGGCUCAGCCCUGAACUACUUGUGCCAGAGUUUCUCCUGGAUCGUUGAAAGUCCCACUGAGCCCCCUUGCUGCUGGGCUGACAGGGACCUUCCCCAUCCCCCAGGGGCAUAUCUGGGUCAGGUGCUGAGUGCUGAACUGAAUUUGGCCAGUUCCUGCUUUGUUUUGAGCAAGAAUCUGGUCACCUGAUGGGAUCCACGGUACAGGCCACUGCUAAGCUCUGGGCACAGUAUCAAAUGUUAGUACCUUCAGGGACCAGGGCUGGGCCAGGGUCUGUAGCGCUCUGUAACAUCCCUUAGAGCUCACACAUUUUGUCCCUCCAUGAAUGACCCCUCAGUGUGGUUUCCCCAGUCCCCAGGGUCCACUCAGGCACAAGAGCCACAGUACCCUAUCUAGUGUCACAUGAUGUCAUUGGCAUUUAAGGAUAACCCAGACCAACUAGGCUACAUCUGUGACAAGCAGCUGGCAAAGCCACUGGUCUCUCCUAGGACUAGCUCAGUCCAGGUGCCUUCAAAAAUCUCGUGGUCUUUCAGGUCCCUGGGCACUUCCCUCAUGGGCCAUUUCCAAAAGAAAAAAAUAUGCCUUCCCAUCACAACCUGUGAGUCUCCAGUCUGUUCUGAACAUCACUGGACGGCCCUAUAAGCACAGGGGACGUGGAUGCACGACUAGUUAAUCUAUACAGAAGGACACACAUUUAGAGUGUGUGUCCAUGUGUUCCCCACAGAGGCCUGGCAUUGAUCCAGUCCCCUGACCAGGGUUUUGGCGAUGCUGAAGCUGCAGCUUUUAGCUGGUGUGGCCCCCCCAGGUAGGGUAAGGUCAGGAAGAGGCAAAGCUGGGGAAACGGACUUGGGAGUCCCACAUUGCGCUUUCUAUGGCACAGACUUGGUCCAUCCCCUCUUCCUGGGUGGUGCUUUGGGCUUCUUGUCCACUGUGAAGGCCAUCUCAGCAUGUUUCCCUCCAAACUUGUUAGCUGCCUACUCUUCUCUGCGGUGGGGCUGUGGAGGGUAUAGUUGUAUUUAUUGUGUUGUAAUAUUUUUAACAUCCUGUGACUUCAUGUUAGAAGUUUUCUAUUGUUUAUAGAACCUUUUUGUAGAAACAUUAACUCUAAAGCACAUCUGCAUGUCAGUAAAAAUCUCAAUUUCAUAUAGAAA